AUGCGUACUUCUAUUUCUCCACCUACUUGUGAACCCAACACACGUGGUGGCCACCUCCCACUCCUUCCAAUGAAAUACGGGCAACUGAUAACCCACCACCUCUCCUUAUCUGGUUUUUCGUUGCCGACUUCCAUCACACCGCAAACCACCGACGCCUCGAUCAACUACGACCUUCCAGUUUCUUCCUUCGCUCCUCAUCCAACCCUUCUCAUCUCUUUAAAGUCGACGUUCAAGCUUCCUUCUCAGGACUAUCGCUGUGUUAAAGGUGAUAAUCAAUUCGUUGAUUUUUCGUCUCCUCUGUAUUUUUAUGCAGCGGACCGAUUGAAUGCGCGCCAUGUGUUUGAUGAAAGUCUAAUGAUGAUCUUGCAACUGGCAGUCACCAAGAAUGAAAGCAACAGAAAGAUGACUGCCUAUUUGAAGUCAACACGUAUCUCAGCAGGUGAUGUAGUUGGUGGAACAUGUGUUAAUCGUGGUUGUGUUCCUUCAAAAGCCCUUCUUGCUGUCAGUUGUCGGAUGAGGAAGCUUAAAAAUGAACACCAUAUGAAGUCUUUUGGUUUACAGGUUGCAGCUGCUGGUUAUGACAGACAGGGUGUAGCUGAUCAUGCACAAAAUCUUGCCACAAAAAUUCGAAACAAUUUAACCAUUUCUAUGAAAUCACUUGGUGUAGACAUAUUGACAGGUUUUGGCUAUGUUAUGGGUCCACAAAAGGUGAAAUAUGGAACAAUUGGUGGUACUGAGACAGUUAUCACUGAUGUUGUUGAAGAUACUCUUAAGGCUCUCGAGUUGGAUAGAGUCUGUGAUUCCGUUGCUUCAUUUGCAGAUAUGGUUGAGUUUCUUGCUUUCGAUACCUACACAAAAUCAAAAUCCAAGCCUCUAUUCAAAGUAAAACUGUGGUGGCUCCUUAAAGCUUGA